CACGCGAAGCUCUCGGACGAAACAAAACGACACCGCCCGCCCAUCCGUCAGUUUACUUUCAGUCUCGCCUAAAGCAACUUCUCUGACAAUACUGUAUUUUUAAACUGCUAAGGAAAAUCCCUCUGGAAUUUAUUACUUGUGUUGUGAAACCUUGAAGUUUACCAGAAAACCUUCAACAAUAAAAGAUGUCUGAAACGAAGACACUCGAGGCUGGUCAGCAGCUCGUCAAGAAGACUAUGGACGAGGUUAUCCAAACGAGGGAGGUCAAGCAAAACAUUUCCAUUCAAGCCAGACAAGAAUUCCGUGAACAGUACCAAGAGAGUUACGAAGAAGAAAUGGAGGAGGAAACCUUUAUCGACGAAUUCGGAAAUGAAACCACAAAGAGAGUAGAAUCGAGCAGUGAAAGCAAAGAACACUCUAGAAGCGCAGAUGUAAAGGUGAAAGCGAGUGGAUUGAACGCUGAACAGAUGAAAGCCCUGACAGACUGCGCGAAUCAGGCAGGACAGUUGGCGCUCGACUCCAAGCCAGCCAACUAAUCAUACAAUGUGUCCUUUGAAAGUGCGCGAGGUGUCCCAAAAAGUGAUAAAGACUGUGUCCAGUGUUCCUUAUUAUAUAAAUGGUAUAUUUAAGUUUAAAUUUGUAAUACAUGAAAUAAAUAUAUUAAAAUGA